UCCUGCCCUGUUGGGAGAUGUCGCAAUAACCGUUGUUGCGUAAGCUUCUAAGAACUACAUAUAGCCGGAUGUAACACGAGUAUAAUAAAAGUGGAUAUGUGCGUUGUGUUCAGUGUUGAUUGUUCACUGCUUCUCGUUACAACAUAUCAAGAUUAGCCCAGAAUGUCUCUUCCAUCCCUCGUUGCUGUCGCUGUUGUUACGGCCUGUCUGCUGUACACGUCGUUCCCGGUGUCGGCCCAAACAACAUGCGGUGUGGGUUCAGCGUGUGCCAGCUGUACAGGCGCCAUGGUGAAGACGUUGACCUUUGCAUCAGGGAAUUCUGUACAGGUCUGCUGCCCCAACUGCCGCAGUCGCUUCUUCAACUUCGGAUCCACGACGAGUGGCGCCUACUGUAACUGUAACUUUGACCGGGUGAUUGGUAGCGCCAGAAAAGGGGAAGAGUGUUCUGCCCCUGGAAUGACCACAUACUUCCAUCUCAACACUAUGCCCAUCUGCUGCCCGAAUCCACUGGUGGCUGCACGAGUUGUUCCUAACGCUGCCAAUGGAAGCUUUAUCUUCAACUGUGAACAACGUGGUGAUUGCUGGAGAGGGAGUCAGUGCAGCGCCUGCAACCAGAGCUUCGUUGGCAACAUCAACGGGGUGAACGUGUGCUGCUCCAACUGCGAUGAGUACGGCCUCAUUCUCGGGGGCGGCAGCUCCUGCAGCUGCAACCGUCCAUAAAGACAUCACACUCCGACCAUCACACUCAGAUCUGGAUUCCACUUAUACCUUAUCCUUUAUGCCCUCUUAUAUUUUAUAUUUAAAAUGUAAUAAAGUGUAUCAUUCAAUGCAUA